AUGCCCCUCUUCAGGUUCGAUGGCAUGCAACGCCCCUCGCACCGCUCCUCUCGGCGCUCCCCCUCGCCUCCUCCAUCAGCUUACGUCGGCCCCUACUCCGGCAACCCCAACACGCGCUACGCCAACCCGUCUUAUACCGGCUACGACGAUCCUCGGACUCCCUCGCGCCGCCCCCAACGCCGAGCCACGCAUGCUAGCAGCGGCCCCACACACUUCAUGCCCAAUGCAGCACACUACAUGAACCCCUACGCCACCACCACCACUACUACUACUACUUCUCGCCCUUCUCGUCCUUCCCACUCCUACUCUUACUCUGAUGCCGCUCCACCCCCAUACUCCGCUUCGGCCUCCUCCUCUCGCCACCAUCGAACAGCAUCUAUCCGCGACCCCUAUGGAAACCGCUACAACCACCGCGAUCUCAGCCCCGUGCGAGAAGAUACGCGGCCUAGAGGCUUCGUCGAUAUCGAUCGGCACCGCCGUGAUGUGAGUCCGCUGGGUACCUCGCGGUUUGAGCAGCCGGCUGGGUGGCACUCGCGGUCUGAGGUGAGCCGGGCGCGGGAGGAGCAUGGACUGGGGAUUAGCAUGCGGGGAUCGCCGUUUGCUGGGGGCGAGUAUGGCGGGCUUGGGGAUAGGAGCAGGGAGGGGUCCAGGAGGAGUAGGCGAAGUGAGGGCGGAGGUGGAGAUGGCGGAUUUAGCAGGAGGAGCUCGCGGCGCGGUGAGUACGAAAUGCAAUCUGCCUUUCGCGAUGGUGGGUUCAGCGACUGGAUGAACUUCUAGGGAGUGAAAUCUCAGGGGGUAUUGGGUCUGUGCAAGUCUUGUGCGGAUUUCGGGGUUUGCACCUGCAUAUGCGGGGGAUACUGCGAGGAUAUCAGUGACUAUUCAUGUCGCAUUUUCAGGUGGAGAUGUAUUUUGUUUUUCACGGCUAGAAGCCAGCAUUUCAAACAGUGUUGGAGCUGUUUAGUGGAGACACAAAAGAAAAGACAGAAGCAAGACAGACAGACAGACAGACAGACAGAUCAGCAGCCAAUUAAU